UCGGCGCCGCAGGGCGGCCCCGGCGCGGGCCCAGCUCGCUCUUCCCCCUGCUUCCGCCUUCGCCGGCCGGGAGCACCCGGCGCGCCCGCCCUGCCGGCGCUGCCGCCGUCUCCACCUGCGGCCUCCGCGGCCUGGCGUCUUGGGAAGCCGCCCGCACCUGCGGCGGGUCUCGGCGUCUCGGGAGCCUGCGGCCUCGGCCCACGUGCACCGGCCGCGGGAGGAGGCGUCGGCCCCUCCGUAGCUCUGCCAGGCCCAGCGCGGCGCGGCGCGCGGGGAGGCCGGGCAGCCCUGCGCUCCGUAUGCUGUGGCGGGUGGCCGCCGCCGCCGCGGCCCGCUGGGCCAGGCCUCAAGGAAUAGGCUCCCCUAGUGUUUAUCAUGCGGUUAUUGUCAUCUUUUUGGAGUUUUUUGCUUGGGGACUACUGACAGCACCCACAUUGGUGGUAUUGCAUGAAACCUUCCCUAAACAUACAUUUUUGAUGAAUGGCCUAAUUCAAGGAGUAAAGGGUUUGUUGUCAUUCCUCAGUGCCCCACUUAUUGGUGCUCUUUCUGAUGUUUGGGGCCGGAAAUCCUUCUUGCUGCUAACAGUGUUCUUCACCUGUGCCCCCAUUCCUCUAAUGAAGAUCAGCCCCUGGUGGUACUUUGCUGUUAUCUCUGUUUCUGGGGUUUUUGCAGUGACAUUCUCUGUGGUAUUUGCAUAUGUAGCAGAUAUAACUCAAGAACAUGAAAGAAGUAUGGCUUAUGGGCUGGUUUCAGCCACGUUUGCUGCCAGCUUAGUCACCAGCCCCGCGAUUGGAGCUUACCUUGGGCGAGUGUACGGGGACAGCUUAGUGGUGGUCCUCGCUACAGCAAUAGCUUUGUUAGACAUCUGUUUUAUCCUCGUGGCUGUGCCAGAAUCGUUGCCUGAGAAAAUGCGGCCAGCGUCUUGGGGAGCUCCCAUUUCAUGGGAGCAAGCUGACCCCUUUGCUUCUUUAAAAAAAGUGGGCCAAGAUUCCAUAGUGCUGCUGAUCUGUAUCACGGUGUUUCUCUCCUACCUACCAGAGGCAGGCCAGUACUCCAGCUUCUUCUUAUACCUCAGACAGAUAAUGAAAUUUUCCCCAGAAAGUGUUGCAGCCUUUAUAGCAGUCCUUGGCAUUCUGUCCAUUAUUGCACAGACCAUAGUCUUGAGUUUACUCAUGAGGUCAAUUGGAAAUAAGAAUACCAUCUUAUUGGGUCUGGGAUUUCAAAUAUUGCAGCUGGCAUGGUAUGGCUUUGGUUCAGAACCUUGGAUGAUGUGGGCUGCUGGGGCAGUUGCAGCCAUGUCUAGCAUUACCUUUCCAGCUGUUAGUGCCCUUGUUUCACGAACUGCUGAUGCUGAUCAACAGGGUGUUGUUCAAGGGAUGAUAACAGGAAUCCGAGGAUUGUGCAAUGGUCUGGGACCAGCCCUUUAUGGGUUCAUUUUCUACAUAUUCCAUGUGGAGCUUAAAGAGCUGCCGAUCACAGGCUCAGACCUGGGGGCAAACACAAGCCCUCAGCACCACUUUGAACAGAAUUCCAUCAUCCCUGGGCCCCCCUUUCUCUUUGGAGCCUGUUCAGUACUGCUGGCUCUGCUCGUUGCCUUGUUUAUUCCGGAACAUACUAAUUUAAGUUUAAGGUCCAGCAGUUGGAGAAAGCACUGUGGUGGUCACAGCCAUCCUCACAGUACACAAGCGCCAGGAGAGGCCAAAGAACCUUUACUCCAGGACACAAAUGUGUGAUGAUUGAAAUCAGGAAGACUUUUCUAUCAGCACCCAGGUCUUAGUUUUCACCUAUAGUUCUGGAUGUACAUUCCAUUUCCAUCUACAGUGUACUUUAAGAUUGUCUUAAGAAAUAUCUGCAUGAACUCCGUGGGAACUAAAGAAAGAACCGGACAGUUUUCCAAAGAUGUUACAAUUUCUUUCUAAAAGAAACCUUUUGUUUAUUAGCACCAAUCUAUUGCCACUAAACUGUUUUAUUAUACAUCUUUAAUUAAAGGCUAUAUAUGUAACUCCGCUGUUAGCACGUCUCUGCUACCAUUUCCUUAAGGUGUUGAGCUUUUACCUCUGUUUGUGCUGACUCAGUGAUACGGUAGGUAAUAUGGUUGUGGACCUGCUCACUUUAACAUUGUAAAAGCCUGAGUCAGAUUUUAAUAUUGUAAAAUCUUGGGUCAAAUAAUUCAAAGCCUUAAUGCAGAUGCACUAGAAUAAAGAAAUGGUAAAGAAUUGUUUGAAUUUAAAACAACAAAAACUUGUGAAAAUUGUAGAAAACCAGAAUCAUGUUCCAAGCCUGUUUGCCAUAAUUUUAUUUAAAACAUUAUUCACUACUGUUUUAAGUAUGGAAAUAUCAGCCACUUAGAAUUUAAAUUGGGGUGGUCAGAGCCUAUACAUCCAUGUUCUGCUUCUUAUACCACUAUUCUUUUGAUGUUUCCAUAAUCAUAAGGACCUCAACACUUGAAUACAUAAUCUAAAAAUUAUAUAGUAAAGCUGGUAGCCUUGAAAAUGUCAAUGUGAUAUCUGUAUGUAGAUAAAUAUAUAUAGUGGCCUUUCAGGACUGUCACAGUAACACUUUAUUUACAGAGCUAAUGUUUGUCCUAAAUUUUCAGGACCCUAGAAGAGAGCUUUAUACAAUUACUGAUGUGAAUUUCUCUAAAGUGUAUAUUUUUGUGUCCAGUUAUAUUAUUUAAAAAAGUGUUACUUUGUAAAAAUUGUACAUAAAGUAUUGUAUAGUUUACACUGUUUUCAUCUUGUGUGUGGUUACUGCCUAAUGCUUUUUAAACUUGGAGCAUUCACUAUGAUUAAAUAAGGUCUCAAGAUGUAAAUAUUCUGUUAAUAAAAUUAAAUAUUUUAAUGAUUUUUUUCUUUUUAAA